AUGGCUUUCAAAAAAAAAGGUGCUCUGUCUCGACGCAGUCACUCCAACGUUCCCAAGCGCAGGAUUUCAAACAUCUUGCAACUCUUAGGUAUCCUAUCGUUUUCACUAUCAUACAAAUAUUUACAUGAUAACCCAUCUUACAUCAACGAAUCCUACGGAUGGCAUUUUCAAUUCUUGACCAUAAUCGGUCUCACUGGAUCGAUGGCUACUUUUGUAGCCGGAGUCCUUGCCAAUAUGACACAUUAUGAAUUUUUAUUUUACAUUAAGAACAAAUUAGCUCAAUGCUUCACGCCUCUCGAAAUUCUCAUCACUAUUCUCUACUGGGGUAUCUGCUCUAUAGAUAGAAGCCUCAUCAUUCCUCCAGGGCUUUACUUAGCACCAAUUGCGGAUAUUGGGUUUCAUGCCAUGCCAGCUCUACUGCUAGGAAUCGACUUCUUCUAUCUUUCCCCACCAUGGAGGGUUAGACUUCCCCAAGCACUUGGGCUAAGUUUCACAAUUUCCUUUUUAUAUUGGAACUGGGUUGAACACUGUCACUCACAUAAUAAAUUUUAUCCUUACCCGUUGUUUGAAUUACUAAACACGACCCAAAGAUUUAUUUUGUUCUCUUCGGCAGCACUUCUUAUGGCUGGCAGUAUAAUGGUUCUUCAGGUCCUCUACAGGAAGGUUAACUGCUAA